AUGGUCAUCUGUGAUAGUCAUUGUCACAUAUCAUGCCAACCCAAAAAUGAGGAUGCUCAAAAGCUCAUGAAUUCCCUUGAAGGAAUGGCUUUACAAAAGUAUAACAUAAUGUCGACAAAUCCCUGGGAUUUGGACUUUCUACUAUCUCUAAAGGGCAUGGACCACCAAAACCUAGUCAUUCCAUACCUCGGAAUACAUCCUUGGUACUCACAUUUAUUUUCAUUCACUACAAUUACUAAAAAGGAACAUUACACUGCUGUUUUGAGUGAACUCACACCCGAAUUGUUGGAGGUAUUGCCAGAGCCAGUGCUUGUCGAUAAGCACCUUCAGAAAAUCGAAAAAUUCGCUUCGAGCUUAAAAGAAUCGGGCCAAUUGUUAGGAAUUGGAGAAAUUGGCUUAGAUAAAUUGUUCAGGGUACCCAAUUCUGGCUAUUUUGGAUCCAACUAUCGACAAGAGCCAAAACUCACGAAAAGCAAGGUACGCAUAGAGCACCAAAUGGCAAUUUUCAAGGUUCAACUCGAAUUAGCAGAACGCAUUCGUGUACCUGUAUCUUUACAUUGCGUGAAAGCACAUGGUCCGCUUUAUGAUGUAAUCAGAGAUCACUCCAAACAGUGCCCUCACCUUAUUUUACACUCGUACUCUGGCUCUUUAGAUCAGGCACAACGAUGGAUCAAGGAUUUCAAGAAGCAAAACAGGAAGUUAUCUUUCUCGUUUUCAAAGUUUGUUAAUGGUAAACCGGAGAAGUUAGGCGAUUUCAAAGCAUUAUUAGACGCCCUAGACGAACUGCAAAUACUUGUGGAAACUGACUACCCCCUCGAUGAAUACAUACUCAAUGGCAAGCAGGAUGAAUAUUCAAUGGCAAUGGAAUCUAUUCAAACGACCAUUGGCGAAUUUAAGGGCUGGUCCCCUGAAUUCAGCCGCCAUGUGUUAAAUAUGAACUCUGAGAACAUCUAUACCGCACAUUGA